ACAUAACAUAACAAACUAACUGUUGAUUUCAUAGUUUUUUUUUUAAUUUUGUUUUUUAUUAAAUUUUAUUUAUUAGUGUCUUAUAGUCAGGUCUUCCUCUAAGUCCUAGUCUUUGUCGACAACGACGACGACGACGACCUAUACAUGUGAUCCCAAUUCCCGACCACAAAGUGUUGGUCACGACUCCGACUCCGACUCCGAUCGCCGAAAGAGAGAGAUCCGAGAAAUAGGACUGAAAACAGUUGGACUGAAACCCCGCGGAACCGAACCAAUCAAUUAGUUGUUUAAGAUUUUAUUAUCACUACUUCCUCUUAACCAUUGUCUUAACCUCUUCAUCGACAACAACAACAACAACAACAACAAUGUCUUCAACAACAACAACAACACCAACACAUGUGAUGAGCCGAUCGCAAGAGCUGUCAUACGUCGAGGCCCUGAAGAAACACCAGAACUCCCGAUUGGAUCACAUCCGGUCCGAAACGGAUAAACUUCGUCAACAUUUGCUACAACUGCGCAAAGACGUGGCCCGACUGGAGAUACAACAGCGUCGUCGACGACACGAAUCGGCCGAAUCCGAUGGCGGCGGUGGAAGCGGUAGUGACGACGACUGGGCAGUGGCCAAAGUGACACAAUUUCGCGAUGAAAAUCGUGGCCUACGUAUCGAAUGUCAUUGUCUGUCGAUGGAAGUGGAUAUCUAUGCGUCGGGUGGCGUACCCCUCGGCUGUACCGAUGAAAACUUUUACAAAAAUGUUCCCGCACAGCCGUACGGACCGCCGCCGCCACGUCCACAACAACAGCAGCAUCAGCCACCGCCUGCACCCGUACGUCAACAUUCAAUGCAGCCGCCGAUGGCUUCCGGUGGCCCGCGGCUACCCUAUCCCGUACACUCGCUACAGCAGUACCCGAUGGCCGUUGGCCAGCAGAUGCAACCGCAACAACAACCGCCACCAUAUGAAGAGUCUAUUUACUAUCCGCCGCCACGUUUUCCUGUAUCAGCUACUGGCCACCAACAGCAUCCCUAUCCCGUAUCCGAUUUGCUCAGUCAAGUACCGCCAGCUCCCAGGCCCGUAUGGCUAUCGCCAACCAUUCAACAGUCGCCUCGUCCACCGAUGCUGUUGGGACCAAUACCGCCGCCGCCACCCCAGUUGCCGCCACGUCCGUCGCCCAGCAGUUGUUCGCCGCGUAUGGGUUCGCCGAUGAUGUCGUGUACGCCUCCGCUACCGAUGAUGUCGUCGUCGUCGUCGUCGAUGGCCGGCACUAGUAGUGGUUGUACACCAAUGAUGGCCGCCGGUGCUGCCGCAGCCGCCUCUUCACCGCCACAGGAUGAGGGCCAGCGAUGGGUGUGCGAAAAGUGUACGGUCGAGAAUCAUCCGGCACUGGUCUACUGUGAGGUGUGCGAAAUGCCGCGUAUCGGCUAUUUAGGUCCAACAAGUCGUGCCUAAAAACUAAACAAAAUAGUCUAAAAAUUGAUGUUUGGCUCAAUUAUUAUUAUUAUUGUUAUUUUUGAUAUUAAACCCACCCCUCCCAGGAGGAUGGGGAGGAGGAGGAGGUGUAUUGCCUUGAAAUGUUUAUUGUGUGUGUGUGUGUGUGUGUGUGUGUGUGUGUGUGUGAGGGGGGCGGGUUAGUACACAACUCUACCUUUAUAAAAAAAAGUGCAAUUAUUUUCAUGUAAUUAUAUGGUAUUGUUAUUAUUAUUAUUAUUAAUGAUAAAUAUU